AUGACUUCUGACUUGAUGACAAAAGACAACUUUGAUGACGAAAUAGCUUAUCGACAAAAGGACUUAGUCGCUGGAAUGACCAAGUCAAUCAAAGGCCAUAUUGUCGGUUACUUUAAUGAGUUAGUUGUUUUUAAAUACUAUAUUUGUUCUCAAUUUAUUUAUUACUUUUUUUUAGAUAGUCACUUGGAAGAUAUGGAUGCAGAUCAUUCCCAUUACAAGCCUGAAGCAAUUGAUACUCUAUGUCAGUUAACAAAAUUUAACAAAAGAGAACUGCAGCUCAUGUACAGAGGAUUUAAACAGGAAUGUCCUAACGGCAUGGUGAAAGAAGAAACAUUUAAAGGCAUAUACGCUCAGUAUUUUCCAAAAGGUGCUGAAACAGCGCAAUAUGCCCAUUACGUCUUCAACUCUUUUGAUCAUGACAACACUGGAGCAAUCACAUUUACAGAUUUCGUAAUUGGCCUUUCUGUGCUAGCAAGAGGAUCACUCCAAGAAAAGCUUCGCUGGGCGUUUAGUUUGUACGAUAUAAAUGGAGAUGGAUAUAUUACUAAAGAUGAAAUGUCACGAAUCGUGCAAUCUAUAUAUGAACUGAUGGGAAAAGCUGUGGAGCCUAUGAUUGAAGAUCAUACAACAAGAGACCAUGUCGAUAGGGUUUUUCAAAAAUUAGACCUCAAUAAAGAUGGUGUUGUUACAAUCGAAGAAUUUUUGGAUUCUUGCCAAAGAGAUGAAAAUAUAACAAGAAACAUGCAAGUAUUUAACACAAUAUUGUGAUGAGAAGACAGAAGAUUAUUUCCUCAGGGUCCUCCAUUUCCUAUUCUAUGAGGGUCAAAUAAUAGCACAUUUAUUUGGAUUUUAUGCAAAACUAUGUUUUUGUGCUAUAAUUUGAAUGCCUUUUGAUACGAUAUAUGUUCCACUCAAGCCGAUGUUAUUUUAAUUUUUAUGAAUUCCUUUCACAAUUUACGUGCCUUACAAAUAAGGAAGAUGUUUAAUUUAACCCUCUUCUUACUUGACGGUGGGCCUUGAUAUCUCUUUUUCUGCCUUAGAGCUUACACCACCUUAUUAACAACACUUAGCAAGUCACCUUCUUGAGGAGUUUUGUAAUCACUUUCC